AUGGAGGAUGGCAACCAGGUCAGCACGCUCGAGCGAGUGUGCAAAGAUGUCCAGGCGCCGGCCAUGUUCAAGCCUACGGACGAGCAGUUCUUCGAAGACGACAAGAAGGAAAAGCCCGACAUCAACUUUCUCAAGCAGCACUUCUACCGCGAGGGCCGACUUACCGAGGAGCAGGCGCUGUGGAUCAUUAAGAAGGGUACCGAGCUCCUGCGUGCCGAGCCCAACCUGCUCGAGAUGGACGCCCCCAUCACCGUCUGCGGCGACGUCCACGGCCAGUACUACGACCUGAUGAAGCUGUUCGAGGUCGGAGGCGACCCUGCCGAGACGCGAUAUCUCUUCCUCGGCGACUACGUCGAUCGAGGAUACUUUAGCAUCGAAUGCGUUCUCUACCUGUGGUCCCUCAAGAUCCACUACCCCAAGACGUUGUGGCUGCUGCGAGGCAACCACGAGUGUCGCCACCUGACUGACUACUUCACCUUUAAGCUGGAGUGCAAGCACAAGUAUUCCGAGGCCGUGUACGAAGCCUGCAUGGAGUCAUUCUGCUGUCUUCCCCUGGCUGCCGUUAUGAACAAGCAGUUUUUGUGUAUCCACGGUGGUCUGAGUCCCGAACUGCACACACUCGACGACCUGAGAAGUAUUGAUCGAUUCAGGGAGCCGCCGACCCAGGGCCUCAUGUGCGAUAUCCUUUGGGCCGAUCCGCUCGAAGACUUUGGGCAGGAAAAGUCGAGCGACUUCUUUUUGCACAACCACGUGCGUGGUUGUUCGUACUUUUUCUCAUAUCACGCCGCCUGUGCGUUCCUCGAAAAGAACAACCUGCUGUCGGUGAUUCGUGCCCACGAAGCCCAGGAUGCCGGUUACAGAAUGUACCGCAAGACGCGGACGACGGGCUUCCCCAGUGUCAUGACCAUCUUCUCGGCGCCAAACUAUCUCGACGUCUACAACAACAAGGCGGCUGUGCUCAAGUACGAGAACAAUGUCAUGAACAUUCGACAGUUCAACUGCACGCCCCACCCUUACUGGCUGCCCAACUUUAUGGACGUCUUCACCUGGUCGCUGCCGUUCGUGGGUGAAAAGAUUACCGACAUGCUCAUUGCCAUCCUGAGCACGUGCUCGGAGGAAGAGCUCAAGGAGGAGACGCCGUCGUCACAGUCCCCCGGGCCCAGCUCGCCGUCCACUGCUAGUGCUCUGGAGGACCCCAACUCCAUCGAGUUCAAGCGCAGGGCGAUCAAGAACAAGAUUCUGGCCAUCGGCCGCAUGUCGCGCGUCUUCCAGGUUCUGCGAGAGGAGUCAGAGCGUGUGACGGAGCUCAAGACCGUCUCGGGAGGAAGACUGCCCGCCGGCACCCUUAUGCUCGGCGCCGAAGGUAUCAAGAAUGCCAUUAGCUCAUUUGAGGAUGCCAGAAAAGUCGACUUGCAGAACGAGCAUCUUCCCCCGACCCACGAGGAAGUGGUUAAGCAUCAGGAGGAGGAGAGGGCAAUCGCCCUGCAGAAGGCGGCGGAGGAGGCGGAUAAUGACAAGAAGCUGCACCAGCUGUCCCGGAGACUCAGCACGUAA